AGGGGCCCGUGCCUUGUCAUUCCGCUGGCCCGUUCGAAGCUCAUUUCCCACAGCAUCCGCGAGAAGCUUCAUUGGAUGGCCCUUUGGCCGCUCCAGCAAGAUGACUCCGGAGAGCGGUGACACCGCCACGCCCGGCGAGAAGAAAGACGUAAAGAAGGUAGAGAAAUCAUACUUGGCAACCGCCGUCGAUUCCAUCAACCCUUGGACGUUUACCCGCAGCACUACACCGACUCCGAAAGACAACCCUCUCAAGCCCAAGACCACAGCAACGAGGAAUGCCGAAGACCACAGCACCAACACGCUCUACGGCCAGAGCCUCAGAAAGUACCCUACCGACUGCCCGCCUUUCGACGUUAUGUGGUUUCACGCGGUUGACGUGCCUAAACGGAAGCCCAACCUCUUGAAGACAAAAAAGAAGGAAGACGACGGAAGUAAACAACCCGCGCCCAAAAAAUUCAUCGCCUUCUCUAAAGACGACUCGCGAUCGAUCGAAGGCGCUUACCAAAAGCUUCUGGAGGAGCUCGAAGACGAGCGAGACAGGGGAUCCCUAAGUAGAGGGAUACGGUCUACGUCACAACGUAGGAGGGCAAGGUCGACAGAUGACAGUCCCGAUAUUAUCAUCAAUGACGAGAGUGACGGCUCCCGGGGUAGCCCACGAGUUCCGGUCAACGAAGAUUUCUUAUUUGACGUCGACAUAGAGGAGCGCGAAUUGGCGCCCGUGUAUUGGCUGGGUCCAGUUUACGAAAUUCGCCGUGGCACUUGGUUCUACCAAGAAGGGUCCACGUUGCGGCCCUGCGAGGAGAACUUGGCAGCUCAGCUCGAGGAGGGGUACCUGAAAAUCAAACCCUGGACGUACCCUGCGCCUAGGACGCACAGUAACUCGGGGUUGCAUGAUGUAACCCCCAAGGCGUCUUCAGAAAACCUCAAGGCCACGGCAAAAUCGCAGGCUGAUGGCUCGCUAAGGCCUCCGCCGUUGACGCCCGCGUUGCAGCAUCAGCCCCAGACUUACCGUCUCUUCGGAACCUAUAUGAAUAGUAUAGCGACGUAUCAGGAUUCGAACACGGCUUGGCUGUCUUCGGAGAGCGUCUUCUCCUGGGUUACGUCUACCGUGUACCAGAAAUUCGCGGGUGGCGGGUACAUGAAUGGCGUAAAACUCGUCCGAGGGUACUCAGAACCCGGAAAAGCAAAAGAUGGGAAGAGGCCAGUUACUCCCCCAACGGCCACGCUACCUCCCGAGAAAGAGGACGAGAAGCAGGAGAAAUCCCUUAAGCGACGAUCCGCCCCGGCCAGUGUGCGUUCUGAAAUCUCAGCGGAUAGAGACAGGGAAGAUGAAGAUUCCGCGAUGGACAUUGAACGGCCCGAGAAUCGCCUGAAACGACAGUUCUCUUCUUUCAUCGAGGCCUCGGAGGACCCAGAGAAGCAAGAGGAGCAGAUAAGGAAACGCGAGGAGCAAGAAAUCCAGGACGACUACACGGGCCAAGACGGAGAGACACAGGGGCGCGAGAUCGAGCAUCUUGUUCUGGUUACCCAUGGUAUCGGGCAACUCUUGGGACUCCGUAUGGAAAGCGUCAACUUCGUCCACGACGUUAAUAUGUUUCGAAAGACUGUCAAAGCAGUUUACGCCCACUCAGCCGAUUUAAAAAAUCUCAAUAAAGAAGGUGAAAACGGGCCAGGCAACUGCAAAAUUCAAGUUUUGCCCGUCUGUUGGAGGCAUCUGCUGGACUUUCCGAAACGGCGAGAGAAGAAAGGUGAGACAGAUUUGGGCGACGCCGCGGACGACGAAGACGAAUACCCCUCCUUGGAAGACAUUACGAUUGAAGGCGUCGCGUUCGCCCGCUCCCUUAUCUCGGACCUAGCCCUAGAUGUUCUGCUUUACCAGAGCGCCUACCGGGAGCAGAUUUCGGAGAUCGUGUUAAAGGAGUCAAACAGAAUUUACAAGCUAUUCAUCGAACGCAAUCCCGAUUUCAAGGGCAAAGUCCACAUUGUUGGUCAUUCGCUGGGGUCUGCGAUCAUGUUCGACAUCCUCUGUAGACAGAGAGAAAAGCUUCAACCGCCAGAGACCCCUCGCACGCCCCUUCGUUUUUUCACAGCCCCGGAACGAUUCGAGCCGCCGAAAGAAUCUAACGACCUUGGUUUCGACUUUGAGGUUGAAGAUCUAUACUGUCUUGGCUCGCCGAUCGGGCUCUUCCAGAUGCUUAAAGGACGUACGAUCGCCGCCCGGGGUACCCCUAACGCAGUCCCGUCCGAGAGUCCCCUCAAUCCAGAAUGUAUCGAAGACCCGUUUCUCCCUUCCUCGGUCGCGGCGGACCAGCGAAUUUCAGCAGUUACCGGCCUACCGACCUCGGUAUCGUCCCCCAAAGUCGCCCAGUUGUUCAACAUCUUUCACCCUUCCGAUCCAAUUUCGUACCGGCUUGAGCCCCUGAUCUCACCCGCAAUGUCGUCUCUCAAACCUCAGGUAUUGCCAUACACUAAAAAGGGAAUUUUCGGCGCGGUGGCGCCACAAGGCUUAUCCGGAAUAGGCGUCAAGGUCGGCCAGAGUGUUAGCGGGCUCUGGUCUAGUUUCAGCGCAGGAAUCGCCAGCAGUCUUCUCAAUCGUAGUCUGGGGCUAACCAACGAAGACGUCGCGAAUUUCAAUGCGGCAAACGCCUCAACGAACAAUAGCAACGCCUCGUCGCAAAGUCAGGCUCCAGCUUCAGGCGGAAGCAAUAUCACGACUUCUAACGACGUAACUCCCAACGCUAACGCACAGUCUGAGAAAACGGAUGCGCGACAGAAGGCGCUUGCCCGGCAGAACAGCUCCGGGACCUUGCGGGCUAAUCUCGGACACGAUGCGACGCUUAUUGACGACGAGCUCGAGACAUUAUACGCUCGCUUCCAGAAGAAGCGUGUCGAGGAACACAAGAACAGCGCUAGUCGCGCCGAAGAAGGUCGAGAGCUUGGAGAGGCGUGGGCCGCCGAGGAGCGCAAAGCGCAGAAGCUGCGCAGAGAAGAGAUGAAAGUGCGCUCCCUAAACCGGAAUGGGAGGGUCGACUAUAGCAUUCAGGAGGGCGCACUCGACUUCAACCCGAUCAAUACCAUCGCGUCACAUAUGAGCUACUGGCAGGACGAAGAUGUGAGCCACUUCAUCAUCUCGCAGCUCCUGGCGAAGAAGAAGGGAGACUCCGGCCGUCAGGGAGGUCAGCUUAAGGUUCGUAUCUAAGAAGCGACGCGGACGAGCGAGAAGCCCGCCCCUAACCUCACUCGACGAGUACGAAGCAACACUGCCUCGCGUCGUCACGCAUGCGGUUUAAGCAUACCGAAUCGCGCUUAAACGCCGCGCCCGGUCCCGAAUCCGGUCCUUUGCAGUCACCGUAGCGGUAGCCCUCACGAGCAC